AUCGCCUUUUCUAAAAUAAAAAACGUUAUGGGAUCAAUUGUAUAUUUAAGUAGAAUUGAGACUUUUUCAGCAGCACAUAGAUUACAUUCGCCUUCUUUAUCAGACGAGGAAAACGAAAAAUUAUAUGGAAAAUGCAACAAUCCAAAUGGUCAUGGACACAAUUACAAAGUUGAAGUUAUAGUAAAAGGAAAGAUUGAUCCAUUAACAGGUAUGGUGAUGAAUCUAGAAGAAUUAAAAGAAUGUAUAAAAAUAACGGUAAUGAAUGUUUUGGAUCAUAAGAAUCUGGACCAUGAUGUGCCGUAUUUUAAAAAUAUACCGAGUACAUCGGAAAAUUUAGCAGUAUUCAUUUGGUACAAUAUUAAGGAUUAUUUAUCUGAAAAAUCACAUGAAGGAAAAUUAUAUGAAGUAAAAUUAUAUGAAACUGAAAAAAAUGUAGUAAUUUAUAGGGGAGAAAAGAGCGAUGAUUAGCUUAUUCAAUAUUAAUUUGUUUAAUUAGAAUUAAUUUAAUAAUACGUUUUGUACUAUAACAUUUUUAUCAAACUUAGAAACUUACGAAACGCUGUAUUUCGGUGGG